AUGGCGGCGAUCUCGGUACCAUUCUUUGACGUGACCGGCGAAGAUGUCUCCACGUGCGAGUCACAACACUCGGAGUCCCCCUGCUCCACGACUCUUGGAAAGCGCUCUCGAACACCCACCGCGCUAAGCAUUUGGGCAGAGAGCCGACAACCGAACUGUCACGAGCCCGAGCGCAACAGGCACGGCCAGAAGAUUUGGUACUGCAAACGCUGCUCCUACUCUCAAGCCUCCCAUAAUAGAGUACGAAGCCAUCUCCGGGACAAGCACUGCAUAUGGAUUGCUGAACAACAAACAGCCAAGAAGCUUGGCCAAGACAUUGCCAUCGACAGGCUGUUCAAGCAACAAGCUGCAAGACAAGAAGGCCACGAUAUUGAACAAGAUAGGCACCUUCGAGCUGCUAUCCAUGAAGAGGCGUACAACCAGGCGUUAGUCAACCUUAUCACUGUGCAUAGCUUGCCGUAUAGCCUUGUUGAGUGGCCAGAAUGGUAUGCCGUACUUCAUACUGUCAAUCGCAUGGCGCCGGCUACAGUCACGCAGAGCCGGGGGCAAGUCCCGAGGCUUUUGGAGGCCAGCUUUUCGUCCCAUCGCGAGGCUCUAGCAUGCAAUAUUGCCGCUUCCGUCACUCAGAUACAUUUUACUAUCGACACCUGGUCCUCUCCCAGUCAGCAUGGUCUUCUUGCUAUUGUGGCCCACUUCAUCAACGACGAGAGUAGGCAGCCACGCAAGGCUUUGCUUGCCCUACGAGAGCUCAAAGGUGCACACAGCGGCGAUUCCCUAGCAGAGAUCUUCACGGAAGUUAUUGAUUCAUACGGGAUGCGCGACAGAAUCGGCUACUUCACCCUGGACAAUGCAUCCAACAAUGACACCAUGCUGCGCGCUCUCGCCAACACCUUCGGCUUCAACCCAGCUCACCGCCGGCUGCGCUGCCAUGGCCAUAUCAUCAACCUGGCCGUGCAGGCAUUCUUGUUUGGGAAGAACAAGGAUGCUUCCGAUGAGGCGAUGCGUCAGGUGACAAUGCUGUCCCGCAGGGAGCAUGACGGCGUGGGCAGAAGGGCUGAAACAGCGCAGUCCUGGCGACAACAUGGGCCUCUUGGGAUGUUGCACAAUCUGGUGGUAUGGAUUCGCUCAUCGACGCAACGGUAUCAGGCUUUCGUGCAGGCAGCCGGACGUAUGAUCCCGCAAGACAAUUCAACAAGAUGGAACUCAUGGUACCGUAUGAUCCAUGUUGCUCUCAGCCUCCGAAAGGAGGUCAAUAGUUUCAUCGAUGACAGAUACUCCGACAGUGAUAUUGGACUUGAUUAUCUUCAUCCAGAGCAUUGGCAGGAGCUGCAGGAGCUACACUCUUUUCUAGAGCCGUUUUACGAAGUAACCAAAGAUACUCAGUGGGACAAGUCUUCAUUGGAUGAAGUGAUUUGCUCCAUGGACUUUUUUGUCACGCACUACAAGGCUGCCAUGAAGCGGUACCGAGGCAACGUCACAAUGACUGAUCGAAUUAUGACGAGUUGGUACAAAUUCGACGAUUACUACACCCGAACCGAUGAUAGCCCGGUCUAUGCAGCUGCCAUUCUGCUUCACCCCAGCCUCCGGAUGGCGCAUAUGACAGAAGCGUGGAAAGACCAAGCUCAGUAUAUUGAACCGGCGAUCCGAGCUGUGCGUACACUGUGGGAAGACUUCAAGCCAGAGAAAGAGCCUGAAGUUGAAGAAGACAUAUCUGCUUACGAGGCGUAUAAGAAACGAAUCUAUCAGUCCUCAUCCACUCACGAUGAGUUCGAUCGAUUCAUCGAGGGGCCCGCUUUGCCAAUUGGAGCAUCCUCUGCCCUUUCUUGGUGGCUUGAGACUACUCAAAAAACAUCGUAUCCUUCGCUUCAACUCUUUGCCAUAAGCAUUUUCUCUAUACCAGCGAUGUCGGCGGAGGCCGAGAGAGUGUUCAGUGGGGCAAGGCGUACUGUUUCCUGGGAUAGAACCCGGAUGUCUCCGAAGAUGCUGGAAUGUACAGAGUGUCUGAAACACUGGAUUGGUAACGGCCUUCUUGAUCGGCCAUUUCCACGUUCAGACCCGUUUGGUAUUGAGCUAGAUACUGAUGAAGCCAAAGCAGCAGUGGAUGAUUCGUAG